AUGUCAUUCGGUUUCUGCAAUGCUGCACAAACGUCCCAGCGGUUCAUUGACACGGUCAUACAUUGUCUGCCAUUUGUGUUCGCCUACGUCAACGACCUGCUGGUGGCAAGCUCAUCCCACGAGGAGCACUUGCAAUAUCUCGGUCAACUUUUCGAGGACCUCCGAUCUGACUCACUAUACACACCACACCAGGUGUGCCAGCUUGCCUUCAUCUCGGAGCUUUCAACUAAUAUAUGCCACAUCAGCGGUGUUGACAACGCUCAAGCUGACGCUUUCAGUCGUGUGGAUGCCACACCUGCAGUUGCUCCAAAACCUCCACCUCAAGAUCCUUUCCAUUUAAACUUCAGCAUCUGGCUGCAGCCUAAUGAAAAGACACCGAGCUUGAACACCUACGCGAAGCGUCCACAGCACUUCAGCUCGAACCCAUCGCCUUUGAACAUGUGCCAAUUAUUUGGGACACCUCCACAGACUCUUUUGACGAGCAAGACAAACCUGCGCAAGCCUAUCGUGUACAAAUUCCUUGCGUCGUGGCUGGGAGAACACAAUACGCUAACCACGGUUGGUGACAUGUGGCGGUUCAAGCGGCGCCUGUUGACGCCUGCGUUCCACUUUAAAGUCCUGGAUAGCUACAUUAGCGCAUUCAACUACAACGCCACGCUGCUUGUGGAGCGUGUGGACAGGCUGAACGAAAGGCACCCGAAGGAGCCCAUACCGGCGUUCCGUCUUUCCCAAAACUGUGCCCUCGAUGUGAUAACAAAAGUUUUAAUGGGAGUCGACUUGGGUUCACAACUGGAAACGACGGAGCCAAUAUUCGCCAACCACUUUAACAUGUUGAUGUUCUUGAUCGGCGUACGCAUCUUUCGUCCGUGGAUGUGGCCUGACUUCUGGUACGCUAGAACAGCCGAGGGUCGGCUCUACUAUAAAUCGAUUCGGGAGAUGGAGAAGUACACACUAGAGGUGUUGGAGCGGCGCAAAGGAAAACUGCAACAGAUUGCCGAAGAGAUGGAAAGCAUGCCGGGAGACUGUGGCGAAGAAGAUGACCGAGUUCAAGAUUCUGUCAUUGUUGACCGAUUUCUGAGGACCCAUCUGCGAGACAGUCGCUACAGCAUCGACGACGUCAAGAAAGAUAUCGAUUCCUUGCUGUUCGCGGGCACCGACACUACUACAUCAGCAGUUGGCUGGGCGUUCUACAUGUUAGGAUUGCAUCCUAAAGUGUUGGCAAAAGUCCACCAGGAGCUUGACGAUAUUUUCUGCGAGGACAACAAGAGAGACAUCACGGGGGAGGAUCUCAAGAGGAUGAAGUACCUGGACAUCUGCUUCAAGGAAUCGCUGCGUCUUUUUCCGUCUGUCCCAAUUAUUGGAAGAGUAUUGGACGAAGACGUGGUAGUAGGUCAGCGUUUCGCGCUGUUGGAAGCAAAGACGAUUAUGGCGAAGCUCCUGCGCAAGUACACGCUCGAGUCGACAAGACCAUUAAGUGAACUGAGGAUCACGGGUGACACGCCACCACCCGUGACAGGUCUCUGCUCCACGUGCAACUGCCGGGCUGAUCUCAACCAUUUGUGCUGGGAGUGCCCUGUGUACAACCCGCCUAGGCUCCGUGCCCUGGCCACCAUAAAACGGGGACCCUGGCCUUCUUCUCUCCGGACAUGGGCCUGCCCGGAGCCUUCGCCCCCUGAUCGCGCCAUCGAGUUCUGGCGAGCACUCAUCAUGUUCCUCCAGGACCCGGCCGCGCCACCGGUACUCAGAGAUAGGAAAGAAUGGCUUCUCAAAAACCACUCGACUAACACUGAAAUUGGCAUAAAGAAACAUUCCACAACAUUUGAGUCUCCUUCAUUGUUCUUGGAUUGCCUGCUAUCAUGCAACAUCAGAAAUCCCUCAUAUUCAAUCGAGGAAAUCAAGAACGAUGUUGACUCUAUCAUAUUCGCGGGCACCGACUCGACUGCGUCAGGAGUCAGCUGGACCCUAUAUUUGCUUGGUCUUUACCCGUCUAAGUUGGCCAGAGCUCACGAGGAGCUUGACCAAGUUAUCGGACACAACCCGGAUGGCAUCAUUAGCAGCGAAGACCUCGUGCAACUUAAUUACCUCGAGUGCUGCCUCAAGGAAUCGCUCCGCCUUUAUCCACCAUUUCCACUUUUUGGAAGGAAAUUAGAACACGACAUGAUUAUCGAUGGCUACCGUCUUCCUAAAGGCCUGACAUGCUUCAUAAACCUCUACAGCCUGCACAGAGACCCGAGACAUUUCCGGCAGCCAGACAGCUUCCUCCCCGAGCGUUUCCUGAGCGAGGAAUUCACGCAGCGGCACCCAUACUCCUACGUUCCUUUCUCUGCCGGACCCAAGAACUGCCUAGGUCAACGGUUCUUCAUGCAGGAAGCUAAGCUGCUCCUUGCAAAGGUUUUAUCGAAGUUCACCUUGGAGUCAACGAAACCCGUUGAAGACCUCAAGAUCACAUACGAAGUCGUGCUGAAAGCCAGGGGUGGUCUACGUGUUUGGUUUCGCAAGAGGAGUUAG